CGGAAAUGGAAGAACGAAUGUCCUUUUCUGCCGUGUUCGCAAUGUCGCAGCACAUGUGCGAAUAAAAUCAUAAUAAUUGAUUAAAAAUGCGGAUUGAUAAGUGUUAUUUCUGCUCCUCGCCGGUGUAUCCCGGACACGGUAUGAUGUUUGUACGCAACGACUGUAAGGUUUUCCGAUUCUGCCGGUCCAAAUGCCACAAAAACUUCAAGAAGAAGCGAAACCCGAGAAAGACCAGAUGGACGAAAGCGUUCAGGAAGUCAGCGGGCAAAGAGCUGACAGUGGAUAACUCUCUGGAAUUCGAGAAGCGCAGAAAUAUUCCCGUCAAAUACAACCGAGAGCUCUGGAGCAAGACAGUGGAAGCGAUGAAGAAGGUUGAAGCUAUCAAACGGAAACGACAGGCGCGAUUCAUCAUGAACAGGUUGAAGAAAGGAAAAGAGUUGGAGAAGGCGGCAGAUAUCAGCGAGGUCAAGAAAAACAUUCACCUCAUCAAAGCUCCUCACGCAGGUCAAGCCAAACAGCUGGAGGACAAGAUGGUCCAGAAACUGGCAGAAGACGUGGAAAUGGAUGAGUGACGUGACAAACACGUCACACAAAGUUGUGUGUUUUGAUUAUAUAAAGAGCGCUGGAGUUGAUGGGAUUCGUUGCAUGGGUUUUUUUUAUUAUAUCCAAGUUCCACUUUGAAGGUUUCUGUCCUAGUGAUUUUGUGGCUGAAGAAACAGUCGUACAUCAAGCGUUGUGUCUGUGUGUUAACCACCUGAACUGAAUAGAAUUUGCACGAAAUGUAAUUGCAAUAAAACCGGUCAACAUACAGUUGUGAUCUUUUUGUAGGGUGUCUUCACUAGCACGAGCGAGAUAUAAAUGCCUUAAUGCACUCUUAAGUUUGAAAGCAGAUAAAAGUAGUUUUUAUUCAAAGGCGUAACAGUGUUUUAAGCCUAAUUAUUCAACUUGAAAGAAAAUGUUUUUUUUCUUUGCCAUCAUUGCAAUUGGGAGUUUUUUUAAGCCACAUACUAUGAGGGCCGAAUUACUAAAAAUUAAAUUCCAGAUCAUUAAAUAAUUCAAUAAAUGUCUCCUGUACUUCA